AUGCCCAGCAGCAGCACAGCAAACGUUUGUUCUCAAGAGGCAGCUACACCAAUAGCAGCAGCAGCAGCAGCAGCAGCAACAGCAGCAGCGACAGCAACAGCAGCAGUAGAGGUAGAAGCAGGCCAGCCACAGGGCUCCAGCAACCUCACGUGCAAUCCCUACUACCCUCAGCAGCAGCAGCAGCAGCAGCAGCAGAAGGUACUACAACAGCAGCAGCAGCAGCAACAACAGCAACACCAACAGCAGCAGCAGAUGAGCCGAGUGUUUUCAUUACCCGUCGAUAAGAAACAUCUGUCUGAUUUGCUGCAGCUGUGCCCUGUUGAUGCAGCAGAAGAAUUGGGAGCAGCAGCAGGCAGCAGCAGCAAAGCUGUGGCUUGUAAGACGUCGAAGCAGCAGCAAGCGCUGCAGCGGCAGCUGCUGCUGUCUCAUCUGUCGCAGCAGCAGCAGCAGCAACAGCAGCUGCAGCUGCUGCCUUCUUUACUGGCUUCUCACGGUGUAGAGCUCCAUGGCUGCUCCCCCGAUCAGCAGCAGCAGCAGCAACAACAACAGAAGCAGCAGCAGCAACAGAAGCAGCAGCAGCAACAGCAGCAGCAGCAGCAGCAACGGGAUGCUUCGGGUGAAGAAGAAGAAACCCAUUUAGUGUAUGCAGGUGCAGCGCAGCAGGAAGACAAAAAGCAGCAGCAUGGGGAGAUUCAUGCUGCUGCAGCAGCAGCAGCAGCAGCAGAAUCAACAGCAGCAGCAACAGAAUCCGGAGCAGCAGCAGAGUCCUCAUCAGCAGCAGACUGCUCAGCAGAAUCUUCAGCAGCAGUCGACUCUGGAGCAGCAGCAGAGCCACCAGGAACAGGAGAAUCUGCGGCUUCUACUGCUGCUGCCGCCGCCGCCGCCGCCGCAGCAGCAGCAGCAGCAGCAGCAGCAGCAGCAGGGGGAGGAGGAGGUGUGAAUGGCGGUGUAUCAGUAUCUGCGAUCCCACUGAACGAAACAAUAUUAGCAGACAGACGUUUAAUAUUUUAUAAGACGCAGAUGUGUCCGCAUGCAGCGCGGGGGCUGUGCAAGUUAGCAGCAAAGUGCCGAUAUGCGCACCGAAGAGAAGAGCUGCGGCCGCAGCCGCGUUUAGAUAAGACGCGAAUUUGCUCCUUUAUCAAGGCUGGGAUACCCUGUGGACAAG